AUGGCCUCUUACCCCCCAAGAAAGUGCUGCUUCCAGGGCGUCAAGCACGAAGGUGACGCGACCGGCGAUUUCAUCACCAUCGAUGACUUUGAGGUCUAUAAGAAGGCUCCCGAGGGGCCCACUGACAAGGCCAUCAUCCUGUUCGUCCCACCGCACGCCAGGGGUGAACUGAUCGCGGACCAGUUCGCCGCCAAUGGCUACCUCGUCCUGAUCCCCGAUCUCUUCUAUGGUGACCCCAUCCCCAUUGGUGGAGCCGCUGGCCUGGAGCUCCCCAAGUGGCUAGUGGGUGAAUACAACGAGAAGAAGAUCGCGCACACUCCCCCGGUCAUCGACCCCAUCCUGGAGAAGACCAUUGCUGAACUGCGCACCAAGUACAACAUCAAGAAAAUCGGAGCCAUCGGGUACUGCUUCGGCGCCAAGUACGUCGUUCGUUUCCUGAAGCCCGACCAGGGCAAGGUGGACGUUGGCUUCCUGGCGCACCCCAGUCUGGUGGAGAAGGAGGAGCUGGAGGCCAUCAAGGGCCCUCUCGCUAUUGCGGCGGCGGAGAAGGACCACGUCUUCCCGGCGGAGAAGCGCCACGAGUCGGAGCAGGUCUUGGAGGCGCUGGCUCUUCCUUACGCCGUCACCCUCUAUGGCGGUGUCGGACACGGAUUUGCCCUUCGUGGAGACCUCAGCGACCCCAAGGUGCUGUUCGCCAAGGAGAAUGCCUUCAUCCAGGGUCUGCAGUGGUUCGACGAGCACCUGAAGGCGUAA